CAGUCUGUGACAUUUCUGAACGGAAAAUAUACGUCAAUUCGUUUCGAUUGAUUUUCUUCACGUUUGUUUGCGUUUUUCUUUACGAAAAUUCGUUUAUCAAGCAAAAAAGUGCUUUAAUUAUGAUCGUGAUAUCAACGGCAAGUACUGGCUGAUCCGCAGCUACCAUGAACGUGUUAGAAAAAGCCGAAAAGGCUUUAGAAUUCCUUAAAGCGAACGAGAGAACUGCGAAGAGUCAUGAGCUGCAGGCGGCGGCAGGGACGCUUGGACGGUGUCUGGGGGCUCUAGGCAGUCGUUCAAACUGCGCCCGUCACUACGCGAACUUACUGCAUUCGGCGGCCCCUACGCUCCUCUUGUUGGCCAGUAACGACAGCGCGGAAAUACGGUUGGUAGGCGACGAAGCAUUGAACAGAGCUGUCGUCGGUGGAUUCGCCUUUCACUCUCAUAAAACUAGUAUCGUGCUGCAGAAUCAAAUUGAUUACACAAGGAAUGCCAGAUGGAUCCGUGCCGCCCUCUCCCGCAUCUGUCUCGGCGACUGCUGGCUCCGGCCCGGCGUCGGCAAGAUCCGCACGCAGGCGCAGACUCUGUUCCCCAAACUCAGUCAGAUAGUCAGGCAGACAAGCGAGAUACAACUCAUAGUGGAAGCUUUGGAGAAUAAUCUGCCGAGGAUAUUGACUGCUUUGGCGGAGUAUACUACGGAUGAGGAAAUUUCAGAGCUAUCGAAAGCGUUGCUCUGUCACGUGGAGACCACAGACCCGGCCGUGAGGCGCGGGAUAGCGUCGUGCGUCGCACAUCUCUGCUCACACAGAGAACCGCUACUCACUAAUAUAUUGUCAACGGUUUUUGAAAAGCUAUGGCCGCCGACACAAGACUCGACAGUGGUGAUGGGAUGGUUUUGUGUUAUAAAAGCCAUCUUUCAAAUCAACGAUAUUACGAAGUUUUCCGAAAACGAUUUGUUUGGUGUUCAAGAUUACUUAGAGUUAUACCACAUAUGCAUCCACUACAUCGAACAAACUAAGGAACACAACGUCCAGAACGCGAUAAUGGAGUGUUUCACCGUCAUAUUGUCACUUGCGUCCGGACAGUACAAGACGGCGUUGUUGGACAGACACCCGAGACACGUCAGCCUUGAUAACACACAGACCAAGAAAGGACAUCGACGGAAUAUCAGUACAUCUAGUAUAAUAUCAUCUCGCUACGCUCCCAGCCCGCAGUCGGAAGCCCGCGACCCUCUCGAGCUGUCGUUUUCAGGAGCGUUACAACUCGGCAGUCUGUUACAGUUCAAUACGCCUAGUUUGAGUGUUGAAGAUCUUACUAUACAGACCCCAGACUCACCGGCAAGCGACACAGAAAUAGAGAUCCCUAACUCUGAACAGCUAUCAAAAGACCUCUCGGAGAAGUUGCAAGAGAUCGAGGAGACGGAACCCAAAGAGGCCGAUCAAGUUGAUACUGUUCACGUAGUGCCUGAAAGUGGGGUGAAGGUAAACAUUGGAUCGUCAACAGAUGACGAUGUUCCACUCAAAUACUGUGCAAGGUUGCUCACAUUCAAGUUUCUUUUGACUGGAAACAAAGGCGGUGUUAUACCGGAUAGGAUGAUAAGAGUUUCGUUAAAGUCGUCAGCGUUAAACUGUCUGACGGAAGUUGUUCGCUUGUACCCUCAAGCGAUGACGUUGUUUUUGGACAAAGAUGCAGAUGCGAAAAAUCAUAAUACAUCUGGCUCAUCAGAAAACACAGAUUCCAACCACGAACACAUAAACGACUUUAUUCUAGAAAGGAACGUUUGCUACCAAGAUUCCCUCACAGACUCCUUGAGCCAAGACCUCCUCAACCGCAGCAUAGACAGCCAACUGACCACACAGUCCCACCAAAUAUCGAAAAAGGACAGCAAAUCUGAAAAAUCUGAGAGCACAGAACAAAAAAGCUCUAAAGACGUCCAGAGCAAUAUUCUAGAUAGCAAAAUAUUCCCCAAAAAUGAUCUACUGGCAAGCGCUACUACUGAUAGUACCAACCCUAAUAUGACUAAUAGUAAUUUCACGAUGAAUUCGAAUAUGACAGGGAGCAACGAUCCCCUAUCAACUGGCUAUCCGAUGUCUAGUAGUGGGGAUGUUUUAUCCUCAAGUAUAGAUCUAGACAUGAAAUUCGAUCAUUUCGGUGAAUCGACAACAAAUCUAGACCAUCUAGACGCUUUGAGAGACUUUGAAAGAAAAGAGGAAAGGGCUAAGAAACCUCUGAAACGAACUGACGAAGUGCAGUCGAAAGAGGUCGUUGAAAUAAGUCAGAAUUCGGAAGAUGAGGUCAAGAAUUUGGAUAGUCUUGAGAACUUUGAGUUUCAACAUUUGAGUGAUGUUUUUGGAUUGUUAGAAGGUCAUAAUGACCCGCAGAUAAGGGGGUUGGUGAGGGUCUGUAUUGGGAGUUAUUUGGUCGCGGCUUUAGAUUUGUCUCAUGGUGACUAUAAUAGAUGGAGGAGUUAUAGUGCUUUGUCUAAAGAUGUUUCUGAGUUCAUUAGUAUGGAUAAGCUGAUAAGCAUUGUUUUAAAGGGUCUCUCAGAUGAAAUCCACUCAACAGUGAAUCACACUCUGUCGUCUCUCACCACGUUAUCAACCGCUCUCUGCAACAGUUCACAUUGGGCACUGUUCAUAGACGUACUGAAUGCUCUAGUCAACGUAGAGGCGAACAACUAUUGGCUGUGCAGAGUUAAUCUCUGUAAGCUUUAUGAGAGACUGCCUUAUCAGAAGCUAUACAUGUUAUACCCCAAGUACUACGUGAAAAGUAAAUUAAUAAUGGACACGCUUGUUCGAUUGCUCGCCGAUCAAGAUCAAAAAGUAAGAAACGCCGCUGCCCAGGCCAUAGCCAACAUAAUAAAAACUAUACACCCAUCGAAACACAAAUCUCCAACAACAAUAAUCUCAGAAAUAGCCAAGAAUCAAAGCAGUAGUUUCACUUUCGACCGUAACGGCCUAGCUUUAGACCUGGUCAGGAACAUAUACUUCUACAGUGAUAUACCGUCGCAAUUGAAGGACGGUGAGCAGUUGGACUGCUGUGAUUGUCUGAGGAUGACAGUCGGGAAUCUUAUGGGGAGGUUGAUGGCGUCGAAUUGUAAAUUUUAUUCGCAAGGUCUUCUAGAAGCAUUACAAGCUGUUUGCAGGCGGUGGUCGCCAUGGAAACACAUGGAAGCGUACUCCGACCAGGGCAUACUGAGCUACUGCCUCGAUAGCUUGGACUAUUGUAACGGGACUGUUGUAGCGAGGACUAUCCUGAUGGAGCUGUGUUCGUUAAUAUAUCCUGUUGAAAUUCACAAUAUAAUGCGACACAAAACAUCAAACAGAGAAAUAUUCGAACGCGACACACAAAAUAUUAAAGACAAAUGGCAACACUUAGACAGUGAGAGGGUUGCCAACCUAGCAGAGAAAUUUUUACAAGUGACCCUGAAGAUGUUAAAUGUAUUAGUCCAUUUGAUAGAGGAAGUUAAUCCUAAUAUACAUUUGAAUAAGGGUGGUAUUGCUUUACCAGGCAGUCCGGUUAGGAGGAAAACGCAAGAUUCGAUGCCCCGAAGACCAAGCAAUCCGACAGAGGUGGAUGAGAAGGUGCUACUCCGCAAGAAACCCUCAACGCCGGCGUCCAGUCUGAAGGCUAACUUCGCGGGCCACUUCUUUAACGAGCCUUUUUAUAUGCGCUUCUAUGAGAGUUUGAGGGCUACGUAUUCUAAUCAUAAGAUAAACCUGGAUCCAAAAAGCAGUAUAUUCCACACAUUCCUAUCAACAGUCCUGAAUUCCCUCUCCAUACAACUAGAAUUAGCAACAGAAAGAGAACUAGGAAACGUUACAGAAGAAAUUCUUUACUACCUCAAAGUAAUCAUGCCUUUAUGCCCAGAUGUAACUGUGUAUUGUAUCACACAACUCCUAAAAUGCCUAUUCGGGACCAACAUGGUGAAUCAAUACUCAGAUUUCAUGAGUAUUUUGGACAAAAAAGACGAAAGUCAGAAAACAAGUUUUUACCAAGACGUGAUGAUGGUUAACUCUUUAAGUGUACCUCAAGAAGAUUCUAGAAGGAGUUCUGUCUGUUCGAAUGCUAGUCAGAAACUGUCUUUAGAUAGUAAGAAUCCAAGGAUGGUGGCUGAGAGGCAGUUGUUGAUGACGAUGGAGAACUUUGCUAAGAAUAAGUCGGAUCGGAAAUGGAGUACGAAUAAACGGGAGUUGGAGAGAUAUAUCAGAUUGUUUGAACCGGUUGUUAUACAGGCGUUGAAGAGCUACACAAUGCAGAACGACAUUCCACUGCAAUGCGAAGUCCUAAACCUUCUGAACCAGCUUCUAACGUUAAGGGUUAACUACUGCAUGCUGGACAGCGAUCAGAUCUUCAUCGGGUUUCUAAUGAAACAACUGGAUUUAGUUGAACAGCAUGAGAUACCUAACUGCUGUGAUCUAGUCAACAGUAUUCUGAUGUUCUUAGUGCAAUUAUCUUCUUCAAGACAUCACACGAAACAAAUUAUAGAGAUACCAAAGCUUAUUCAAUUAUGCGAUGGAUUGAUGGCGUCUGGUGCACACGCUGAAUGUAUCGCUGGUUUGGAACCUGUGGCUGUCAAAGUGUUCAGUAAUAUGGGAGGUACAAGCGUACUCGGCAGAGCUCAACAGCAAGAAGCGCAAGCGACUAGGGAGGUGCUAUUUUAUAUGCUGCAGAAAACUAUGCACCAGCAUAAGGUUCUAGAUCUAGUAUCGUGCGUCCUAUCUCUAUCACAAGAACACCCAGAGAGCUACUACCGGUGGUCAGAGCUAGCCAGCGACACUCUCCUCAACCUACUCACACAGCGGUCCAUAGAACUCGACACUCAUACAGCUGUCGGUUCUCUAGAGAGACUCUUGGAUACCGUGUACAAGGAUGUGUUGUUAGAACAGAGUAGAGUGGAAGUUCUGUUGAAGAUAUUGUUUAAGGCGCCUCCUGAUCAGACAACAACCCCUCUAAAACUGAAGCUACGAUACCUCUCAAUAAUAAUGGUGCUUCUACGAAAAGUACUCGUUUUAAUACCAGAAAGCGAGAUUCUCCUAACAAUAAACUAUUUAAAAUCAACCUGUAUAUCACCGCAAUCGAUAUUCUUCAACGUGAAAACCGACGUCGAUCCCCUAAACGUUCAGAAUGUCAAUGAGAAUUGCGCGAAUUUGUCGCCAGAUGUCAUUCUAGUGAGGUUUUUGUUCAAGACGUUGACGUAUGCGAUCAUAGAAAUGGAUAAUUGUUACGAGUGUGUCGAGAAUGAGCAGAAUAAGCUUUUGUAUGCUGUCUGUGUGAAUAUUAUCGUGCAGGUGAAACAUAUGUUGCAUUUGACAGACGGCUGCCUCUUCCCCCUAACAUCUAAAACGGCGCAGACCAUCCUACACAACGAACAGAGCGGCCUCAACACCGGUCUGUACAGUCCAGAAGAGAACAUUCCUCUAGAUCUGCUCAACCUCAUAUGUUUGAAGUCCGCGCAUCGGAUACCGCUGUUGACUGUACAUUGGUCGCAUUUGCUUAUCAGAUUAAACUUCCUCUCCCACAAAUACUGGCAGAAACUCGUCGGGUUUGCUCGCAACUUACCUCUCAAUGCUGACAACGGUGACACACAGUUGCUACGAGUCGACGUACUUCAAAUAGCCUGUGUUAUGGCUUACUGCGAAUAUUUUGUAGAAAACGGUCUAACGGAAGCAAUUCAUCUAACAUGGUUGCUUGUAAACCGGGUUCAUAUAUUAGUCAGUCAAUACCGAGAAGAUAUCGUACAACGUUUAAUAGCUAAAGUACAGCAAACUGCAGGCGCUUCGGGAUUACUACUACAGGCCAUCGCCGCUAGAUGUCAGAGCUGUUUGAAGGAUGAGUUUGCCCUGAACACUUAUAAGAUACUGUCUCUAUGUCAUGAAAAUCAAUCAGGAGCGCUCGUUUUCCUGAUUUGUCGGAUCAUUGGGAAGUUAGAACCAGCUAUAGCUGUGAGAUUUGCUAAAUUAGCAGUAGACAGAUGUAAAAUAUUAAAAGACAUGCCGAUUGAGAAGAUAAAUGUACAGCUGUCGAAAGAAGAUUUACAAGUUGCUCUAGAGUUGUUGCAGCGAGACAAAGUUUAUGCACGGUACACAGCUUUAGUUAUGGAACUUAACUCCUUAGCUUCAAGUAUAUUUGACUUAUCACCGCUAGACCUAUCGCAAGACAGAGCGAUCAACCCACAGUAUAUUAUCACAACGAAUGUAGAUAAUAACUGGUUACUCAAUCAAGUUAAAAGCAGAUGCUGUCAAACCGUCUGCACGACACCAAGAAUAUUGGAUCAAAAAGAACUCGCUCAUUUCUUAUCAAACUUGCCGAAAGAAGAUCUUAUAACAGUCACAUCGUGUCCAGAAUUUGAUAGAAAAAUACUAAAACCAGCGUUCAAAAUAGCCUGUGAUACUUACAUAAGAGACUUCCUAAACAUUCUCUCUGUAAGAGAGUUAAAAGAGUAUGAGAAAGAGAACCUAAGAGAACAGAGGGAGUCGAAAAUGAGAGAAGAAACUCCUUCUUCGAUUGACAGUAAUAAAUUAAACGCAGUUUACUCUCUACAUGUGUUUAAAAAGAGUGAUAACAAAGAAUCGAAAUCUCAAUUCUUUAUUCCAAUUACUGACGAGAAUUUGAAAGAAAGUUACAGUUCAAAGAAGAUUCAAGAAGUAGAAGAAGAUUAUGAUAUAACGCCGCCAGAGUUGCCAGAUAUUUACACUAUCGGUGUUGCUACUCUAGAAAAAUCUUUAAGUGAUGUUAUUCGAUUGUUUCCGAAACAAAUACGGCCUUUGAGUCAAUCUGAGAAUUUCAGUUUAAACGUCGAACAAACUAUUGAUAGGUAUACGAGACGAUGCCAUCAAGUAUUCCAAGAUAAAUUAUUCUAUCAAGAGUUUAUUACAUUACAAACGAUUCUAACAGGAUUCCUCGAAUCACUCGAUCGAAUAAUCGGAUUAAUCGAUGAAGCUGACUGCGAUUUACUCGAUAAAUGUAUCGAGAGCAUCUUACCGACAUCACUAGCGCGCAACAUAUCGAUAUUUUCAGUCAUUUCGUUGCAGUAUUUAUCGUUUUUGAUUAAGAAUAAGAAAGUUGUUGAGACGCCGAUACAUACUGAUGUUUCGUUCCGAGUGACGAAUGCUGUCAAUGACAAUGUUGUCGUUGACAGUGUAGUCAGUAUGACGAUAGACAAUGUGGCUAAAGCGUUGAGUUUCAAUGAGAUUUGGAAUGAAUUGAAUGUUGAUGCGAAUUUGAAUAGGACGCAAUCGGCGAUCAGCUGUUUGUAUGCGGUUGUCAAGUAUUUGGUUAAGGACACAAAACCGUUAACACCGAAACAGUACAUGCUAGUCCAGGACUCAGGACCGAGGCCAGACAUGAUAAUCACUGGUGAUAAACUAAUCACUCUCCUAGAAUAUUGGGAGAACAACUUCUAUAUGAAGAGUUGUGAGUUCUUGGAGAACUGCUACAGAGUGCCCAUUGAGAGUUUGUUGAUAUCAUUGUCAAGACUCGACAUAGUAAGCAACAUAGCUCUGAUACCGCCGAUCGCAUGGUCGUCAGUAGAGGUCGUGUCCAAGAAGGACCAACUACAGAAGAUAGAUCUUCCUCUACAAGCUUUACAGGAUAUGGAUGUCUUAGAAGCUUUCUUGUUCAGGGUAAACCUAAUAGGCUGGUCAUCAAAGAAGCAGUUUGAAGAGAUCUGGGUUGGUCUACUCGGUGCGUUACAAGGCAACGGGACCCAUUGGGCGGUGAGGGGCAUCACGCAGCUGUUGCUAAGCGCGGCCCCCAAAGUCAGGAGGAAGGGCUUGUUGCAUAUGCCGAGACAUAAUCUUAGCUGUAAUGAGGGAAUGCAACGUCUCCGAAACAUCUUAGUCGGCACCUCAGCUUACAAGUUGUUUGAUAACGUCAACUUAGAGCGAAUACCUCUCAUGCACGAUGGAUUCGACGGAUACCACUACGCGCAGUUCAAUAUCGAGUAUAUGAAACUGGCUUCAGAUAUAACAGACGAUGGUAGUUACAAAGUGAGAAGGGAAUUAAAACGCGUGAAAAGGAACAAGGAUAUUGAUAUCAACAGCUGUUUGCAAAUCCUAAUGGACGUCACUGCACAGAUGUUGGAGCCUAAGGCCCCGAGCGGCCUGUCGGCGCGCGUGUCCCUCGUGCAGCUGUGGGCGUGCCUGAGCGCGGUGUUCAGCAGCGCGGCGCAGUGGGCGAGCGCGGCGCAGCAGCUGACGAGCCUGACGGGCGCCGCGCACGCCGCGCUCACGCAGUACAGCACCGCCGGCCGCGCGCUGCUGCUCGCGCUGUCCGACUGCGUCUGUGUGUUGGACGGGUUUGAUGGGCUGCAGGAACUAUCAACAGUCCACCAGAAACUGCUCAAAUCAUUAUCCUCAAGUUACGCCCCUCUCAGGCAGGCAGCUCUGCAAGGCUGCCUCUUACAACUGACCGGCAAGGGGAAUAACCAAAUGUAUGGAACUCCCAACCCUUACCAUGAGUUGGUUACGCAGUUGAAUGUGGCUGUGAAGCAGUAUCUAGCGCCUAAUGCUAAGAUAUCCCUAUACGAACAGAGUUUAUACUGGACUGUAUUAUUUACGCUAAUAGAACUUGGACACCCAGAACUAAUAAAUUUAGCAGUGGACUUUGUUCUGAAGAACCCUAGACAUUACUGCAUCGAUUUGGUUGUUAAGGGAGUAACAUCAACUAUACGCAAACAAGUGUUACCAAAAGAUUUAAAGAAUAGUGUUAUAGAGAAACUUUUAGAUAAUAUGAAGAUUUACUCGGAACAUCACGCGAUACAAAUAUUGAUGGUGCAUCUGUUUUCAGCCGACAGCAAACUCUUAAGUCCAAAGCUAGCGACUGACGUAUCAAACAUGGAUCCCGAUGUACUAAUGAACUCAAUGGAACGAAUCACUCUACUCUACAAAGUUCUCCGCCAAUCCAAGCAAGUGGAAAGUAAAAGGAUUAUCACGACCACCCUACAAUACUUCUUAAGGGAGACCCUGACGCCAGCGGCGACUUUGAGUAGAGUCGUGAUAGAGUUUCUCGAGUGCUGUAAAGAGAGUGAGAAAAUAAGAGUGGAGUUUGCGUCGGAGAGAGAUAAGCGGAUUGAGUGUGCUAUCAUGAAUGCUGAUAUUGUGUUUACGGUAUUCCAAACAUCAAUAAACCAAGGUCAGCUCCCAGUUCUAUCCGGAUGGAUAUUCGAAGCUCUCUGCCAUCUACUGAACGGGAAAGUUACCCAAAACUUACUUCCAUAUUGCCUUCUCACUUUACUUGUAUCAGCCAGUUCAAACCAGUUUAUAAGACACGUGUCCCCACUCUGUUACCAUCUUUUAAGACUAGGUUUCUUCAGAAGUGGAGAGGUCACAGAAAACUGGGGUAUUUAUAAAGAGUUUUUGACUAGUAAUGUUGGUGUGACGUUUUCUGAUCGUCGUUUGCUGUGUGUGGUAGCUACUAAAUCUAGUUUUACCGGAUCUCAAGUGGAAAGGUUGAAGGAACUGUGUGAGAGUAAUGAGUGUUUAGAAGAUUUGGCUAUGUGCUUAAAUCUCUAGGUUUUGUAGGGUACCCAAAAUUUUCGAAACCAAAUUUUAAGACGAGCUCCUGUUUGUCUGCCUACGGUUGUCUUUCUACAUACAAUGACUCCCGAACUAUUUGAAUCAAACAAAUGCACUCAGAACUGUCAUACGCUCCAUAUGAGUCUGAUAUGCGUACAGUUGUUCAAAAUUCUUUCUUUUGUUUGCGUUGUUACAACUUAUUUCUUGCAUUGCCUCCUUAGUAAAAGCUUUCAAAGUAAUACUAAUGCCAUUGUACAAACAAGACGGCGCUACUCACUAUGGAGAUCGUAUCUCGCGUUCGCAAUGAAUGCGGAUCUGUACGAGGCACCGAUCUAUUUUCACUGAACCAUAUACACCGUGAUUUUUUAGUCGUUUUACAAAAGCAGCCCAGUUCAUGUAUCCAAUGACUAGAACACGUUCA